AUGGCGAAGAAGGUGGCAGUGAUUGGAGCUGGAGUCAGUGGCCUGAUCUCUCUCAAGUGCUGCGUGGAUGAAGGACUCGAGCCCACUUGCUUUGAGAGGACUGAAGAUAUUGGAGGGUUGUGGAGGUUCAAGGAAAAUGUUGAAGAUGGUCGAGCAAGUAUCUACCAAUCUGUCAUCACCAACACCAGCAAAGAAAUGUCUUGUUUUAGCGACUUUCCGAUGCCUGAAAAUUUCCCAAAUUUCCUGCACAACACAAAGCUUCUGGAAUACUUCAGAAUCGUUGCCAAAAAGUUUGAUCUCCUGAAAUAUAUUCAGUUCCAGACAACUGUCCUCAGUGUGAAAAGACGCCCGGAUUUCUCAACCUCUGGCCAGUGGGAGAUCGUGACUGUCUGCAAUGGCAAAGAGCAAAGUGCGGUCUUUGAUGCAGUCAUGGUUUGCAGUGGCCACCACAUCCUACCUAACAUCCCACUGCAGUCAUUUCCAGGUAUUGAGAAGUUCAAAGGCCAGUAUUUCCACAGCCGCGAAUACAAAUACCCCGCAGGAUUUGAGGGGAAACGCAUCUUGGUGAUUGGAAUAGGAAACUCGGCCUCAGAUAUUGCCGUGGAGCUGAGUAAGAGAGCUGCUCAGGUGUUUGUCAGCACCAGAAAAGGAUCCUGGGUCAUGAGCCGUAUCUCUGAGGAUGGCUACCCUUGGGACAUGGUAUUCCACACCCGGUUUAGCUCCAUGCUCCGAAAUGUCCUGCCACGAACAAUCGUGAAAUGGAUGAUGGAACAGCAGAUGAAUCAGUGGUUCAACCAUGAAAAUUAUGGUCUUGAGCCUCAAAACAAAUACCUUAUGAAAGAACCAGUACUGAAUGAUGAUCUCCCGAGUCGUCUGCUCUAUGGCGCCAUCAAAGUGAAAUCGAGAGUGAAAGAGCUCACGGAAACGUCUGCCAUCUUUGAAGACGGAACAGUGGAAGAGGACAUUGAUGUCAUUGUCUUUGCAACAGGAUAUACUUUCUCCUUUCCCUUCCUUGAAGAUUCACUUGUUAAAGUAGAGCAUAAUAUGGUCUCUCUUUAUAAGCACCUGUUUCCCCCUCACCUGCAGAAGCCAACACUUGCAUGCAUUGGCCUCAUCCAGCCCCUUGGUUCUAUUUUCCCAACUGUUGAACUUCAAGCUCGCUGGGUGACAAGAGUUUUCAAAGGUUUGUGUAUCUUGCCCUCAGAGAGUGUUAUGAUGUCAGACAUUAUCAAAAGAAAUGAAAAAAGAAUUGACCUGUUUGGAGAGAGCCAGAGCCAGAUUUUGCAGACCAAUUACAUUGACUACUUGGACGAGCUCGCCUUGGAGAUUGGUGCGAAGCCAGACUUCCUCUCUAUCUUGUUAAAAGAUCCUAAACUGGCUAUGAAACUCUAUUUUGGCCCCUGCAAUUCCUAUCAGUAUCGCUUGGUUGGUCCUGGGCGGUGGGAAGGAGCCCGGAGUGCAAUCUUCACUCAGAAACAACGAAUAUUGAAGCCUUUAAAGACCCGUUCUCUGCAGGCUUCCUCUAAUGUCUCCAUUUCCUUCCUCUUGAAAAUCCUCGGGCUCCUUGCUGUUUUUAUGGGCCUUUUUUUCCAACUUCAGUGGUUCUAGCCUGUCUGCAUGAAGCCUUUGGAUUUACUGGCAGUCAGGACCUC